GAGAGAUCAAGCGACUAUCUUUUCAAGUCAAUCGUUACCCCGGAGGCUUGCUAUGAAUAUUGCUCGCUGAACGGGGGCGAAGAAGCACCGUUCCUCUUCACCUGGAAUACCGUGACCAGUCAGUGCUUCUGCUGCAUUCGAGUGUGCACACCCCUGAUCUUCGAUCCCGAUUUCAACGUGUACGAAGCGCUCUCGCCUAAAACGUCUUCUCCGACUACCAUUCCUACUGUGAUGCCGACCACGUCGUCCACUGGCACGCCCACUGUCAAGCCUACUGGGAAACCUACUGCGUCGCCUACUACAAGCCCCACUGUCACGCCGACUGGGACACCCACUGCGUCGCCUACUGCCCGGCCCACUGCCACGCCGACUGGGACACCCACUGCCCACCCACUGCCACACCCACUCGACACCCACUGCGUCGCCUACUACGUCGCCCACUCACUCGCCAUCUGCAACGCCCACUGCCACGCCUACUGCGACGCCCACAGGCACACCAACUUCCACGCCUACAAUGUCGCCGACCGCCACGCCAACUGCCGCGCCCACUGCGUCGCCCACUGCGUUGCCCACUCCCUUCCCAACCCCCUCACCUACUGCCACGCCCCGCCGGCGCCUGGUCCUGGAUCAUCGUGGGACAGUAUUUUCACAAGCACUGGGAACCUCAAUGCUGUUGCCUACCACGACGGAACAUGCGAAUACGUGGAUCGCUCACAGACGUCUGGGGAGGAGACGUUUUGGAGGUCAGUCACAUACGGCAACAGUCUCUUUGUGGCAGUGGCAACCGGCAAGGUUAUGACAAGAUCUGAUGGCGAGAGCUGGACGUCUAGAACAGCCGCUGCAAAUUCGGGUUGGUGGGACGUCACGUUUGGGGGUAGUCUCUUCGUCGCCGUCGCCAGUGCCACUUCUGGCACUCUGGUGAUGACAAGCUCAGACGGCAUUAGCUGGUCGAGUCAAACUGCUGCGGCGAUCAACGAAUGGCAAAGUGUGACCUACGCAGAAAACUUGUUCGUAGCCUGUAUGGACCUCAAGAGCGAGCGCCAGUGA